AUUAUCACUAUAAUACCUUUGAUUUGAUUUGUAAAACAAGCGGCGCUACCGUUAAAGUAUCUGGUGCUGGGAAAUUGACACCAGUGGCUGCCAGAAUGUUGUGGAAUACGGGUUUGUUGCUCCUGGUCUUCGUAUGUGGCCAGGCACUAGCUGAGGAAAUUAAGCCGCAAUUCAUUGAAGAUGCUUUGAGCAAAGCGCAAGUGCAAUCUAGCCAGUCCCGAAUCGUGUCGGGAUGGGAGGCCUACCCUGGCCAGCACCCUCAUCAGGUCAACUUGCGCAUGGUGAAUGGCUCUGGGUCCGUAAAUGGAUGCGGCGGAUCCCUGGUCUCGCGCCAGUGGGUUCUUACAGCCGCCCAUUGCACUGCUGGGCGCAUCACCAUGGUCAUACGUCUUGGCAUUACCAAUAUGACAUCGCCGCAGCAUAUGAUGGAAUCGAAUGAGUGGUACAAUUACCCAACCUUCAAUGACCUCACGCCCACCGUGGUACAGACCAAUGACAUCUCACUCCUGAAACUGCCGCGCCGUGUCGAAUACACCAGACUCUUGCAAGCGAUUCGUAUCCAGUCGUCGGCAGAUGCUCACAAGGAGUACCAAAAUGAAAUAAUGUACGCAAGCGGCCACGGUAGACUUUGGACUAAGGGUGCUUCGCCCGAGGUGCUGAACUGGGUGUACUUGCGUGGUGUAGACCAGGCGUUUUGCCGGGGAACUUCCUCGGUCUUCAACGACAACACCAUCUGCGCGAGGUGGUUCAAUGAAACCUCGCAAUCGACUUGCCAGGGUGACAGCGGUGGCCCUCUCGUUCACGUGAACUCUGAAGGUGUCCCGAUCCUCAUUGGUGUGACCUCCUUUGUGGCUGGUGGUGAUUUCGGAUGCCACUCUGGUUUCCCCGCCGGUUUCGUCCGUACGGGGCCGUUCCACAGCUGGUACCGUAGAGUGACUGGUCUUGAUUUCGAAAACUUAAACGAAGAUGAUGAAGAAGAUGAUAAUGUGACGGAACCACCUCCGGAAUCUGAAGAAGAAGAAGAAGAGGAGGAAGAGGAGGACCCUACCACCAAACCACCAGCACCAGAAUCCGAAGAAGACACGAAAGAAGAAGAAGAUGCCGAAGAAGAUUCCGAUGAUAGCUCUGACUCCGAGUCUGACGAAGGCCCAUCCGGUUCUGGUAUUAAGAAGAAGGUGGAGGUCAAGGUCAAGGUCAAGGUUAAGGUCAACAAGGAAAUUAAGAUCAAGAAGAAAGCGCACAUCAAGAAGAAACACCCAUCGCAGGCUAGAUUCUUCUCGGCACUUUCUUAAAGCUUUCACACGCACUACAAAAACUGCUAAUAUUUAAUAACAGUUCAAUAUAUAUUAUAAUUUGUUAAUCUAUUGUAUGUUAUUUAUUUAUAAUAUUGGUCUAAUAAAAAGAUAAAUAUAUGUCUUUA